AUGAGCCAUUGCCCUCCACCUCGCCUCUCGAGCCCCGUAGAAGAAGCACAGCAAGGUCUCCCUUCCUCCUCGGAUCGACGAGCAAGGAGCAGGACGCGCGACGCUCCGUCCGCCAUGGACGCCAAGAGGACUGCCGUCGGGCGCGCCAGCGUAACGGCGCUCGUCACCGCCUGCGUCACCGUCGUCGCCUACGCCUUGGCCACAGCGGCCGAGUACGCACUCGACCGCUACCACCUCUGCAGCCAGGCUUCCUUCCUCCUGCGCUGCGUCAGUGUGACGGCCGCGGCGGCCGCCGAGUGGAGGGCCCUCUGGCUCGCCAUGCUCUGCUGCACGGUGCUCGAGGCGGCCGUGGCGGCGCUGGCGCUGCGGCUCCCAUGCCGCCGCCGCGCCCUCGCCUGCCUCCAGCUCGAGGUCACCAUGGUCCGCCACUGCAUGUGCGCCCGCGCCUUCCUCCUCCCCCUCGCCGCCGACCCGGAAUAUCUAGUCGGCACGAUCUGCAUCGGGUUCACCUUCUGCUUCGCAGCGAACGACGUCGCCAACUUCGUGCACUUUCUCCGUGGAGGUGACAACUGACAAGUGAGGAUCAUGCUCAUGAAGUACUGCGAUUAGUUUUAAGUGAUAAUAAGUACUAUAUGUGUGAAUCGAUUUAGUAGUAUGCAUUAUGAUCGAGUGCCAUAUGUGUGAAUCGAUCUGCUAGCUGCAGUGUGGUCUGUGGUGUUAACUAUAUUGGACCGAUCGACUAUACUAGUUACUCUAUUUGGGCUGUAUAAUUAGCCUGGAUCCUGGUCAGUAUUGGAUGUAUGAGACAUCAGUUAUACAUGCCAUGCAUGUUGUUUACGAAGAGAUGUAGUUUCAGAUGGAUAUACAUCUCAGUUAUAGCUUGA